AGGCAGGGUCGCCGGCUCCAUGGGCAGCGGCGCACCGAGGCACGAUGAUGGACGUUAACAGCAGCGGCCGCCCGGACUUCUACGGGCACCUCCGCUCUUUUCUCUUGCCGGAGGUGGGGCGCGCAUUGCCCGACCUGAGCCCCGACGGCGCCGACCCGGUGGCGGGCUCCUGGACGCCUCACCUGCUGGGCGGGGCUCCCGAGGUGACCGCUAGCCCGCUCCCCACCUGGGACGCGUCCCCGGACAAUGCCUCGGGCUGCGGGGAGCAGAUCAACUACGGCAGAGUGGAGAAAGUUGUGAUCGGCUCCAUCCUGACGCUCAUCACGCUGCUGACGAUCGCUGGCAACUGCCUGGUGGUGAUCUCCGUGUGCUUCGUCAAGAAGCUCCGCCAGCCCUCCAACUACCUGAUCGUGUCCCUGGCGCUGGCCGACCUCUCCGUGGCCGUGGCGGUCAUGCCCUUCGUCAGCGUCACCGACCUCAUCGGCGGCAAGUGGAUCUUUGGCCACUUUUUCUGCAACGUCUUCAUCGCCAUGGACGUCAUGUGCUGCACAGCCUCGAUCAUGACCCUGUGCGUGAUCAGCAUCGACAGGUACCUGGGGAUCACGAGGCCACUGACAUACCCUGUGAGGCAGAACGGGAAAUGCAUGGCGAAGAUGAUCCUCUCCGUCUGGCUUCUUUCUGCCUCCAUCACUCUACCCCCGCUCUUCGGGUGGGCGCAGAAUGUAAAUGAUGACAAGGUGUGCUUGAUCAGCCAGGAUUUUGGCUACACGAUCUACUCCACCGCCGUGGCAUUUUAUAUCCCCAUGUCUGUCAUGCUUUUCAUGUACUACCAGAUUUACAAGGCUGCCAGGAAGAGUGCGGCCAAACACAAGUUCCCCGGCUUCCCCCGCGUGGAGGAACCGGACAGCGUCAUCUCCCUGAACGGCAUGGUGAAGCUCCAGAAGGAGGUGGAGGAGUGUGCCAACCUUUCGAGACUCCUCAAACACGAAAGGAAAAACAUCUCCAUCUUUAAGAGGGAGCAGAAAGCAGCCACCACCUUGGGGAUCAUUGUCGGGGCCUUCACCGUGUGCUGGCUGCCGUUCUUCCUCCUCUCGACAGCCAGACCCUUCAUCUGCGGCACCGCCUGCAGCUGCAUCCCACUGUGGGUGGAGAGGACAUUUCUGUGGCUGGGAUAUGCAAACUCUCUCAUUAACCCUUUUAUAUAUGCCUUCUUCAACCGGGACCUGCGGACCACCUAUCGCAGCCUGCUCCAGUGCCAGUACCGGAAUAUCAACCGGAAGCUCUCGGCUGCAGGCAUGCAUGAGGCUCUGAAGCUUGCAGAGAGGCCAGAGAGACCCGAGUUUGUGCUACAAAACUCUGACUACUGUAGAAAAAAAAGUCAUGAUUCAUGAUCAAAAGCGGAAUAAUGGAGACGAAAUAAGCAAGGCAAGACAGAGGUGGAAACAGAAGGAAAUCAUUUGCUGAGACUGCAGAGUGGAACACGGCUUCUGUCCUUUCUUGGGAUGGCCCAUACGUGACAAGCAGGGGGGUCUGCUGUGCACAAUACUUGAUGAGGGAGGUGCUGACCUCUCCUUUGCUCUGUGAAUCAGCACAUUUGUGUACGAAUGAAAGUAGUUCUUAGUUUGAGACAGCCAGAUCAGCUCAGCAGCAGUCCCACGGAUAGGUCCAAGUUCCAGAAAGGGAACAGUUUCUGGUGCUUUGAGUGUGACCAAGUCCAUGCAAAUGGAAGAAAGUUCCAGUGCAUACUUCCCGUGCUUCCGAGUCUAGGCAUUGUGGUGAAUAUUCAGGAAUCAUUCAUGAGACAGAAUGUAUUUUGUUGUAGGACAGAAGGGUGUUUUUCUAAGCAAACUGCGGUUAAGCAUAGUGUUGAAAAUGUUGCAUGUCCACGUUAGAAAACAGAGUCCCGUCGUCAGCUAAUACAAAGAUUCCCCAGAGCAGCGUCUGUGUGAAGCUUCUGUCUAAUAGUGUGACUGUCUGCAGGGUCCCUGUGACACCCCGCCACUGUACUUUCUUUGUUAACUCACUGUUAUGGUAUAACUCAGGAACAGAUCUCAGGAUGGGGAGAAUGACAAACCCGAAUAAAGCUCUUUCUUGUGCUCACGCUUCUUUUGAGGGGUCCUGAGAAGUGAGGGGGAUUCUUUUUGUGAGGAUCGUUACCUGUAUGAAGAGGGAGUGAUACCUAACCACACUGUAUAUUAACAUUGGUAUUGGCACAGAAUCUUUGACCAUCAUUUACACACGGGCCAGUGGCCCACAGGCCUUUUCAUAACUGUCUUUUGGGAGGAAGUGUGGGAAUAAUGGGAUUUCCGUGAAAGCUUGUGGUGCUUCUGGAGAGGGAACAUCAACAUGUUAAUUCUCACUGAGCAGCAUUGUAUUAAAUGGGAUCGUUUAUAUCAGAGGUCUCCUGCGCCACUAUUGGGAAGUGGUCCAGAAUAGCAUUCUGUUCUGUCUGGAAGAUUUAUUUUUGUGUUCUCUGGAUCUUAAAUAUGUGCCCGGCAAAUUUGGUUCUUCUUCCCUCUCCCUCCCCAAAGUGGUAGAUGUUAAAGGCAGGUUAGGAAACAGAAAAUGUUGCUUUAUGAGUAGUAUUUAAAAAAAAAAAUGGUACUAUAUCAUAUGAUUGAGCUAGGGAGACAGAAAGCUCAGAAAAGGAGAGUACCUUUAAGUGGAAAAAAAUGAAUGCAAAGCUUCAUUUGAUAUGAGAACUGAAAGAGAAUAUUAUUUUCCUACAAUGAAUGUGACUGUUCUUUCACAGGAUAAUGUGGAAUUCCAACAUGGAUUACGGAUUUCUUUCAACUUUUCACUGACAUUGCUUCUCACCAGACACAGGGACGAGUCAGCCUUCCUGAUCCGGGAGGCGGGCACUGUUCUAUCAAAGUGUGUACAAAUUCCUGAACUGCAGAUUUGCUAACGUGACUGUAUAUACAUAUAGUAAUAAUUCAAAUGAUUAAUUAUUGUCAGA